UACACCGCUCCAGGCUCCAGCUGUCACUUGGCUGAGCUGCUGCUUCUCUCUGGCUUUCCCACCCUGUCUCCGGUGCCAUGGCGUCCAGUGAAGAGGACGGCUCCGUGGAGGAGAAGGAAAACAACAAGAAGAAAACCAAGCGUCCGUUUGUCACAGCAUGGCUAACCAUUUAUAACAUUGCCAUGACAGCCGGAUGGAUGGUGUUGGCUGUGGCUAUGGUCCGGUUUUAUAUACAAAAAGGGACACACAAGGGUCUGUACAAAAGCAUAUCAAGGACACUCAAGUUUUUUCAGACAUUUGCAUUGCUUGAGAUUUUCCAUUGUGCAUUUGGAAUGGUGCGUACCUCUGUGAUAGUGACUGGGGUCCAAGUGUGUUCAAGAGUCUUCAUGGUGUGGUUUAUCACUCACAGCAUUAAGCAGAUCCAGAAUGAAGAGAGUGUUGUUCUUUUCCUGGUCGCAUGGACGGUGACAGAGAUUACAAGAUAUUCCUUCUACACAUUCAGCCUGCUCAAUCAUUUGCCAUACUUCAUUAAAUGGGCCAGAUACAACUUGUUCAUUGUAUUGUACCCAGUGGGAGUGGCCGGUGAACUUUUGACCAUUUACGCUGCCCUGCCGUAUGUUCGUAAAUCUGGCAUGUUCUCAGUGAGGCUUCCCAACAAGUACAAUGUCUCCUUCGACUACUACAUUUGCCUGAUCAUUGUCAUGCUCUCAUAUAUACCAUUGUUUCCACAGCUGUUUUUCCACAUGCUGCGUCAAAGGAGGAAGGUGCUUCACGGGGAGGUGAUGGUUGAAAAGGAGGAUUAGUGCAGCUGCGAAACCCACCACGCUUGUUCUCAGGAUAACCAGACUGUACAGCGAAGCACUAAAAAAAAAAGUGAUCCACGUUAGGAGCUCAAGUAACAUUCAUGGAACUGAAAUAAACAGCUGUGCAUGAAA